UUUUGAAAAAGACUGACGAAUCCAGAAUUUUGUCAAACCUCCUCCGCAAUUACUGAUUCAAAUCUUGCACUUUUUCAGCAGCUGUCUCCGGUCAUGGCCGCCGCGGAAUCCCGGCCGGCGGAGCCCGGAACCGACGAUGACAACUCCAUUCACGUCUCCCUCAUAGACGCUAUUCAAAACUUCACCGAUCUCGAUAUUUUCUUAAAUAAGCUCGAACGCUUUCUGCGAUUUUUGGGUUUCUGCCAGUAUUCCAUCUUCAGCGCUGCCUUAUCCUGGCUGGCUUUUGUUGUCUUCUCCAUUGUUGUGCCUCUUCUCGUAACUUACUUUGGUUACUGCUCUAACUGUGAGCUGUAUCAGAUUAAUGACUUUGAGCGCGAGGUUUUUGUAUGCCAAUCUAUUGCCGCUUUCAUAUCGCUGCUGUGUAUCUCGCACAAUCUCCGUAAAUAUCGCAUCAGGAAAUUGCUUUUCGUGGAUCGAUACCAUGGUCAACUGACUCAGUUCAGUGAGCUCUAUCUAAAGAAGAUACGUGUCUUUUAUUAUUUGGUGGUUUCGUGGAUGACAAUUUUCUUUUUGAUGAAGAUUGCUCGUGAAGUCACUAGAGCUGUGUACCUUUAUGAUGGUUCUAUAUGGUGGUCAAUUGGAAUUGUGGUUGCUUCACUUGUAUCAUGGGCAUAUUCUACCAUGAUCUUUCUAGUGGGAACUGCUCUGUUUCAUCUCGUGGGCAAUUUGCAAGUUAUACACUUGGAACAUUUUGGCGAGCUUUUGGAAAUGGAUAUGGAUGUCUCAGUUUACAUCAAUGAACAUAUGCGUCUGACCUGUUAUGUGUGUAAAAUUAGCCACAGGUUUAGGAUGUUUCUCCUCCUGGAGUACUUAAUUGUCACAGUCAGUCAAUGUAUAGUUCUAUUGCAGGCAACAGCAAAUCAAGGAAUCGUCAACUUCGUAAAUGCUGGUGAUUUUGUGGUAAUAUCAAUUGUUCAACUGGUUGGACUACUUAUAUGCCUGAAUGCAGCUGCAAAGAUAUCGCAUAGAGCACAAGGCCUGGGAUCAGUAGCCAGUAGAUGGCAUGCACUAGUUACUUGUAAUAGCAAUGAUGCUUCUGUCUCCGAAUUUUCAUCUGAUGGUAGAAAUGUUGAAGCACCAAAAACAGUGGGCGAGUUAUCUGUAAAUUAUUCAGAAGGUGAUUUGGAGUCCAUUGAUUGUAUGCCUCCACCUGCAAAUAUACAACUCACUUCUACUAUGACAUCAUAUCACAAGAGACAAGCAUUUGUGGCUUAUGUGGAGUCUAACCCUGGUGGUUUUAGCAUUUAUGGAUGGAGGGUUGAUCGAUUACUCAUUAACACACUUUUCUUCGUUGAGAUGACAUUGGUCACUUUUCUACUCGGGAUGACUCUAACAAUAAAAGUUAGGUGACAUAUACCAGACUGUAACAACAGCUAAAUGGCACAUACUAGUAACUCCAAUUGGUACUUCACAAUGCAUUGCAGCUCUCCUUUGGUUUCUCUUCGGGGAAUGGCUAGAGCCUGUAACCUUUAUUUCUUCCCAAUGAAAAUUAAUUACUCCCCUGAUUCCCAUAUAUUUUGGAUAUCACUUGUCAUCAUGGUCCAAAAACAUGGAGAUCUCUGUAUGAACACUACAGCUAAGUUAACAUUAGCUACAUUCUUGAUAAGAGCAAUGUUGUACAACCUCUGUAAUACAAACACUAGCUUUUAUA